AAGCAAUGCUGUCACUGUCAAAGAUUUUGUAAAACUGUGGUGGUUUGUGGAUGUCAUUUUAGGAAUUCCUCACUAAUUUAAUAAUAUUUUAAUCUGUUUGGUUUACUACAAGUAUAAAACAUUUCAUAACUUUAUAUUGUGCUUUCUAGUUAUCAUUCCAUCGAAAUAAUGUCUUGUGUAUUUUUUUCAUUAAAAGGUUAAGUGUGAAUUAUUAUGUAAAAAAUAACAAUAAUUUAUAAAAAUGAUGGCUGAUAAUGAAGUAGACGAGGCUCUAGCCUCGUUAGACAUGCUGAUGUCGGAGUUCUUUGCACCAGCAACAAGUAACUUCAGAAAGAGAGAGAUUGAGAAUAUGCUCGAGAAUUUUUCUAAUAGAAAUGAUUCUUGGAAACAUUGUUUGUUAUUCUUACAAAAAUCACAAAAUCAAUAUGUGUUGAUGUUUACUUUGACUACUUUGGAGAAUAUAAUCAACCGGCAAUGGAUCAGUCUAUCAGACAAUGAGAAGACUGAAGUGAGGCUUACAUUAUGGAAUGAAUUGUUGGCCAAACAUGAAGUGAUGGUGUAUUUUAUAAGAAAUAAAGUAGCAGCACUAAUGGUGUCCAUUGCACGCUAUGAUUGGCCUCAUUUGUAUGAUGAUUUCUUCAGUAAUAUUGUUGAGCUGAUCAGAAGUGAUGGGUCUCGUUGUCUCCUGGGCUUGGUCCUGGCACAGGCUGCAAGUGAAGAGCUGGGUGCUGCUCGUGAUACAGGUGUUCUGUUACCAUCCACUCGUAGGAGUCAACUGGAGAGGCUCAUGCUCAAGGGCAUGCCACAGCUCUUGAGUGCUCUAAGCGAUAUUUUGGAAAAAAAUGCCCAGAAGGAGGGUCAGUCUAAUCCACCGCCCUCACCUACUCAUGGUGUGCCACAAACUUCAGCACUACCAGACCUCUUGGCCAAUGCACAUGAUGUCACUGCUGCUGAUAAAGCCUUGAACAUGGAGAUAGUAGUGAAAUGUCUAACAACUCUUCAACAUUUAUUCUCGUGGCUGCCACUGUCCUCCCACGUACCACCAUCCUUAGUGACAACAGUGUUCUAUUGGGGCAGUAUAGCUACACAAUCACAGAGUAUGGAGGCGGCGCUGUGCGGUCUGGGCGGCGUGUGCGAGCUGCUGUACCGGCGGUACGCGCCGCCGUCGUCGGCCGCCACGGCGCUGCGCCUGCAGCACUGCGCGCUGCGCCUGCUGCGCCACCUCACGCACGCGCCGCACGCCGUCACGCAUGCGCACCACGAUUACCUUAACAAGUUAGCAGAGUUCCUAAAACUGUUUGUGUCAUUGCAUUUCAAGAGGUUGGAGGCAGAACCAGAGUUUGACGCCAUUGAAUUCUUGUCAUAUCUAUUCCAAUAUACAUUCCAGGUACCCACGUGUGGUAUUUUUGUAAACUGUUUAGAUAUAUGGAUACAAUUUAUAGACAUUCUGAAGCCAGAAGAUACACCUAAAUAUUGGGAAGCUUUACAAGCGCUCGUGAAUGGAGUGCUGAACAAAAUCCAGUUCCAACAUAAUAAGGCUCAGUUACAGCAUCUGGACAAUGAUGUUCGUGACGAUGACGGCGAGACCGAAUGGCACACAUUCCUGAAACAUUGUAUAGAAUGCAUCGCUCGCGUCGCGGAACUAGCGCCGCUCGAUGUUUUCACCGCCGUGCUAGAGCGCUGGCAGUGCCUGGCGGGCGUGCACGCGCGGGCGGCGUCGCGCGGCGGCGAGGGCGAGCGCCUGCUGGCCGCGCUGCUCGACCUCGCCACGCUCACGCGCGUGCUGGGACGGCUGGCACCCGCGCUGCUCGCAGAGACGGAGAGCAGCCGUCGCGCAACGGGCUGGGCGCUGGGCGCGGGGCUGGUGGAGCGGGUGGGCGCGGCGCUGGGCGGCGCCGCCCUCACGCGCCCGCACCGCGCCGCGCCGCACCAUCUCGCGCAUGCGCACGUGCACGUGCACGCAGAAAUGUUCGCCUGUAUGGGCGCGUGGUGCUGCUACGCGAACGAGUGCGGCGUCCCAGUGCACACGAUGGAAGGACUGUUCUCAUCUGCUGUACCCUUCCUACUGCCGCAUGAGAUACCGGAACCGCCGUUGUUAUGCCACGCCGCAGCUCAUCUGCUUCUGAGCCUCGCAAAGAACGUGAAAUUCAACAGCGAUCCUGUAGUGCUGUGUGGCGACUUGUAUGAACACGCUCAAAGAUCUCUGCAGUACCUCGCACCAAAGACGGCGCCGGUGGUGCGCGAGGCGCUGCUGUCGCUGGCGCUGCGCGGCGGCGGCGCGGGCGGCGCGGCGCGCGCGCUGCUGGCGGCGUGGGGCGGCGCGCUGCAGGCGCAGGGCCCGGCGCUGGCGCUGCCGCCGCUCACCGCGCUGCUGCACGCCUUUGCUGACGCGCCUACGCAUGCCAAGAAGGCGAUAGCAGAAGGUAUUCAAGGAUCAGCCGAGACGGCGUUACGGAUGCUCUGUGAGCCAACGUUCGCGUCAGCCGAGCCGGAGAUCACGGACUUCUUCCUCGCGCUGUUCACCGCGCUGUUGCCGCAACUCGGUAACUUUGCGUACAACGCCAUCGACGUCUUCUUAGAAGUUGCUCAGAGGGGCGGCGGGUCGCUGGGGCUGGAGCGGCUGGUGGAGUGCGUGCGGCUGGGCGUGGAGGCGGGCGGCGGCGCCGUGCUGCCGCGCGCCGUGCUCACCCUGCUCGCGCGACACGUGCUGCCGCGCGCCACGCUCGCCGCGCCCGACCUCGCGCGCGCCGCCUACCGCCUGCUCGCCAGUGUACUGAUCCACCGUUGGCGCUACUUCUUCCCGAACAAGUGCGAGGAGUCAGAGAGCAACGCGCGCACGGAUGAGCUGCGCGGUGCGCUGUCGGCACUGGGGCGGGCGCUGCUGCAGCCAGACAUCGAGCUGUUGCGGCUCAACAUCGACACGCUGGAUACACUCAACACCAAGUGCAAGCUUUACCAUAAGGUGAUGUUCCGCACGGAGUUCCUGGGCGAGUUCUUGUCGGUGCUGCUGCUAGGGCUGGCGGAGGGCGGGUGGCGGGCGCUGGCGCGGGACGAGGCCACGGCGGCCGUGCACGCGAUGGCGCUGGUCGACUUCCCCGCCUUCCGCGCCGCCUUCCUGCCGCACUUCCUCGCCUCGCUGCCUGGACUAGCGCCUCACCAUCAACAGAUGUUGGCGCAGUUCCCGCCUGAUACUGACUUACCAACAUUCACGCAAAAUAUCCAGCGUCUAAUGAACGACAUAAACUGUUACCGCGCGUACGGCUCUCUGGCGCCGGUCGGCAUGGCGUCCUAGCACCGCCUCGAAUUUCACCCGCUACUGUGAUAUGUGAACACUUGUGAUAAAUAACUUAUACAUACGUAGCUCAACGGACUGGAGUCGACAAUAUUACGUAUUUGUGCAGCAAAUGGUGGAUAUAUGGAGAUAUACAUGUACAUAUAUGUGGAUAUAUGUAGAAUGAAUCGAAUGUAGGAUGUUCUCUUACCUACAUGUUACAAUUCUGGAUACAAACUCUUGAAGACUACUGCGAUAGGCGGCGUCAAUGGUUGAUGAAAGUUGUUUUAACGAAAUUGUACCAUGUCAAUUUGAAUUUCUAAAUGUGAGAUCCAAAGAAUUAAAAAUAUUUGUGCGCACAAGGAAUAUAGCGAGCAAAUGGGUUUUAAAUGUGAAGAUGUGCUUGAAUGACACAUCGAAUUAAUAUUUGUGGACAAUGGAAAUAAUAAUCUGAAGAUUUGGACUUUUGGCUAUUUUAUAUUAUGUAAAAUUUAAGAUAGCGUAUUCAAAAUUUUAUUAUCAUAAAAGUAUGAAAGUAUUUUGUGAUAUAUAAAAUGUAAAUAAAUUUCCAGUGUGGGAAUGCAAAAUUUUUACGUAACUUAUAAGGGUUAUAAGAGAUUCAUUGGCCAACUUUUUAAUAAUGCGUCGUUUUAAGGCCGAUAAAGGUUCGUGCAAAACGAUGCGGAAUGUAGGUAUCGAAUUGUAAAAAGUGAUUCAGUGACAACUUAGGUAUGCUGUGGAUGGUUUCCAUCACAAAUAUUUUUAACUGACCAAUAAAACUGCAUUUGACAAUCUUUUGUAGUAAAAUUAUCCAAUAUUCAGUGUGUACCUUGUAAUAUAAUAUAUAUUAUUAUAAAUAAACAAGGUCACCUAAUCCGAGUUUAAAGUCUGGGGUUCUUGUUGUUUAUGUCUUGAAACAACAUCAAAUAACGACUACACGUUAUUUGAUGUUGUUUCAAACUGUGCUAACAAUUAUGUUAGGAUAGUUUUGUUAGUAGUUAGAACUACGGGCUACUUCCUAGAUAGGGUGUAGUGGAUGACCAAUCCUUAGGAAUUAUUAUUACCUACAUACUUAAAUAAAUAUUCUAUAUUUCGUUUUUAUCACUAGUUAGUAGAAGUUUACUAAUAUUACUAAGACAAAUCAUAAUUUUACUAAGUUCUUGACUGAAUUUGGCGUAUAAGACUGUAAAUAUAUUCAUUCGAGUUUAUUUCUAUGUUAAAACACCUAUUUUUUACUUUACAAAGCUGAUCGUAAUUUACGCUUUGGUUCUAUGUAACAAAUCAUUUAUCUGCAUUUAUAAAUUGUAUCUGCACGACGCGAUUAUCGAAAAUAAUGUAAACUAGUUAUUGGAAUGAUUUUGUUAAGAAUAGCCAUAUGAACUGGUAUAGAAACAUUUGGGCCCGUUUGGAACAGUUAUUGAAAUUAACGAUUUUAAGACAAACAUUUAGAUCACAUAAAUGUAGGUAUUUAAGCAAAAUCAAUCAACAAAAAUAUUUUGUGAUAACUUCUACCAUGAUGCAAAUUCACAUAUUGAGGUUUAAAAAAACUGGUUGUUUUUUAAAUUGCAACAGAUUGUUGUUGCAAUAUAAGUAAAUUAUAAAUGCGCUACUGCACACUAUAUUGGGAUAAGUUUAAAAUGCAUGUUGGUUUUAAACAAUAAUUGGCUAUUUAGUUUUGUCACAAUAUUUACAAACGAAAACAAUAAGAACUGGUUGUUUACUUAAACAAGUUAAUAGUAAUUUUAGUAAAUAUUGUUUGCAUUUAAGUUUUAGUUGCUUGGGGGUGCAAUAGGUCGAGUGAUAAUGUUCAAAUUAUGUGUCAAGGGGAAACCACAUUAUUUCUGUAUGCUUAUUAAAAAGGAAAAUAAAGAAAAUUAGUUUUUUUGAUAAAAA